CGAAUAUUCUCGACGACGCGUAAGCUUCCUCUCUAAUUACUUCGUCUUCAGGGUAAUCGAUCUCUCAUCUCUAUCUCUCUCUCCUCGUCAAAUCACCAUGAGUAUGGAAGCAUCGGAGCUACAGGAUCUCUCCGACGACGCCGAUUACGCCGCUUCUCAACAACAAGGAUCGGCUAGUAUGAUGCGUAGCGAUAGCGGAAAGAGAAGUUCACCAAGUGAACACGAUGACGCCGAAUUGAUAUAUUUGAAAGAUAACGUUGCAAUUCAUCCUACACAGUUCGCAUCUGAGAGGAUUAGUGGUAGAUUGAAGUUGACUAAGCAAGAUUCUGUUCUCUUCUUGUCGUGGAUUCCAUACAAGGGACAAACUUCAAAUGCAAAGUUAUCAGAGAAAGUUUCUAUAUCUUUUCUAGACAGGAGUCUUUAUACCAUCACCGCGGUUCCGUUUACUGAAGUGAGGUCCAUUAGGCGACACACUCCUACUCUCGGAUGGCAGUAUGUUAUUGUUGUCCUGUCUUCUGGACUUGCAUUUCCGCCUCUGUACUUCUAUAAUGGAGGAGUCAGGGAAUUUCUGGCCAUAGUGAAGCAGCAUGUUUUUCUUGCAAGGUCGUCAGAAGAUCCAAAUGUGUUCAUUGUGAAUGAUUUUCAGAGUCCCUUGCAGAGAACUUUGUCUUCAUUGGAGCUGCCAAGUUCACUGCCUGUAGCAAGUGGACAAUCAGUAUACCCCUUAGACGGAGGUUCUUCUAACGAAAAUCAAGGGAGAACAAGUGCAGAUAUUGGUAAUAGAGUUUCUAGUGUUAUCCAGUCUGGUCUGAGAAAGCACAAGAGUCAUGAUCCAACUCGGGAUCUUUCAAUUCAUCUUCUUGAGAAGUUUUCUCUGGUUACCAAAUUUGCUCGAGAUACAACUACUCAGUUGUUUUCCGAAAACAAUGGCUUUGGUUCCGUUGACAAGAGAUGGAAUAACCUACCCGUACAUAGUUAUCCUGAAAAGUUGUCAAAUAUUGCUGAGGAAAAGCAUAAUGAAAUCCGUCAUAGUUAUUCUGAAAAUGACCUUCUCAAGGAUGAAGAAAUUUCUAAUGACAUUGAUGUCCCUGCGGAUCCCUUAGAGUUUAAUAAAUUAAGUUUGGUGUGGGGAAAGCCAAGGCAACCACCAAUGGGGCAUAAAGAGUUCACAGCGUUGUUGGAUUCUGAAGGGCGAGUUGUGGAAUCAAAAGCUCUUCGGGAGAGAGUUUUCUAUGGAGGCAUUGAGCACCAAUUGCGAAGAGAGGUAUGGCCCUUUCUCUUGGGAUAUUAUGCAUAUGACUCGACAUAUGCAGAGAGAGAAUAUCUUCGAUCUGUCAAACGGAUGGAAUAUGCAACAUUGAAACAGCAGUGGCAGAGCAUUUCCCCUGAACAAGCAAAAAGGUUCACAAAAUAUCGGGAGAGAAAAGGAUUGAUAGAUAAAGAUGUGGUAAGAACUGAUAGGGCAUUUGAAUACUAUGAAGGGGAUGACAAUCUACAUGUCAAUAGCAUGCGUGAUAUUCUGUUGACCUACUCCUUCUACAAUUUUGACCUGGGUUACUGCCAGGGAAUGAGUGAUUAUCUGUCUCCUAUCUUGUUCGUGAUGGAGGAUGAAUCAGAAUCCUUUUGGUGUUUCGUGGCACUGAUGGAACGCCUUGGACCCAACUUUAACCGUGACCAGAAUGGGAUGCAUACUCAGCUCUUUGCACUCUCAAAGCUGGUAGAGUUGCUCGAUACCCCGCUGCAUAAUUACUUCAAGCAGAAUGACUGCUUAAAUUACUUCUUCUGUUUCCGCUGGAUCCUGAUUCAGUUUAAAAGGGAAUUUGAGUACGAGAAGACAAUGCAGCUGUGGGAGGUGAUGUGGACCCACUACCUCUCGGAACAUUUUCACCUAUAUGUUUGUGUGGCGGUCUUGAAGCGAUGCCGCAGCAAGAUAAUGGGAGAACAGAUGGAUUUUGACACUCUCUUAAAGUUCAUCAAUGAGCUGUCUGGGCAUAUUGACCUCGAUUCAACAGUCAGAGAUGCCGAAGCACUUUGCAUAUGUGCUGGUGAAAAUGGUGCCGCUAGUAUUCCUCCAGGAACCCCUCCUUCUUUACCCCUUGAUGACGGUACCUUAUAUCCUCAGGAAGAUGAUGUUUUGUAAGUAAUACAACUUUGCUUUUUCUUCAAGACAUGUUACCAAAAUUUGGAUUGCUUUGACCAGAAAUCCCAUACAAUGAUUAAGUCAAUGGACAUAAGCUUUUUUAUUUU